AUAUCCACCCAUCUCGCUCCGGAUUAUCCAAACAGGUCCUUAGAGAGAGAGAGGACUCACUGCUUACCAGUCGCCAUUGACACUCUAGGCGACAACAUUGAUGGCUUUCUCAUUCGCUCAAUACACUCUCUUCUCAAAACCAUCUCUCUUCCUCCAUAGAAAUGGCUUCAAAAGCUUCUCUUUUUCCAUUUCCCUAUCUCGUUUUUCCACUUCUACGGCUGUAUCUCCGGACAGUCUUCGCCGCCACAAGUCGAGGCAACCAGCGGCUUCACUUCUCGAGCUCGGUGGAGUCAAAAUGGCCAAAGAUGAUGUGGUGAGGGAUGACCCAACGAACAAUGUUCCAGAUUCGAUAUUUUCCAAACUUGGAAUGCAGCUUCAUAGGAGGGAUCAUCAUCCAAUUGGGAUUCUGAAGAAUGCAAUAUACAACUACUUUGACACCACUUACUCGGGAAAGUUUGACAAGUUUGAUAAUCUCUUCCCAAUUGUUUCCGUUAAAAUGAACUUUGAUGAUGUCUUGGUACCUGAAGAUCAUGUGAGUAGGAGUUACAAUGAUACAUAUUAUGUGGACUCUCAAACUGUCUUAAGGUGCCACACCAGUGCACAUCAAGCUGAGCUUUUGAGGAAGGGACACACCCAUUUCCUUGUCACUGGAGAUGUUUAUCGUAGAGAUUCUAUUGAUUCAACUCAUUACCCCGUAUUCCAUCAGAUGGAAGGGUUUCGGGUUUUUACUCCAGAUGAUUGGGAGCCAUCAGGCAUGGAUGGAACAUCUUAUGCAGCUGAGGAUUUAAAGAAGUGCCUUGAGGGUUUGGCACGCCACUUAUUUGGUUCUGUGGAAAUGCGCUGGAUUGACACUUAUUUUCCAUUUACCGAUCCAUCAUUUGAACUCGAGAUAUAUUUUCAGGAAAAGUGGUUGGAGGUUCUGGGUUGCGGAGUGACAGAGCAGGAAAUAUUGAAGAGGAGUGGCAAAACAAAUAAUGUUGCUUGGGCUUUUGGACUUGGAUUGGAGCGUUUGGCCAUGGUCCUAUUUGACAUCCCAGACAUCCGACUUUUUUGGUCAUCUGAUGAGCGGUUUACAUCUCAAUUCUCGAAAGGCCAGCUUGGGGUAAAGUUCAAGCCAUUUUCAAAGUUUCCUCCUUGCUAUAAGGACAUGAGUUUCUGGAUCAAUGAUUACUUCACUGAAAACAAUCUUUGUGAAAUUGUUCGAGGAGUUGCUGGAGAUCUUGUGGAGGAGGUGCAACUGAUUGAUAAUUUUACAAACAAGAAAGGAAUGACUAGUCAUUGUUACAGGAUAGCAUAUCGAUCCAUGGAGCGUUCACUUACAGACGAUGAAAUUAAUGAGUUACAGUGGAAUGUAAGAGAACAGGUGCAGAACAAGUUGAACGUUGUUCUGAGAUGAGAUUUGCCACAUGUCCUGAAACUAAUAAUGUGACUCUCAUCUUGUAAAAUUCUUCCCAAAUUUUCGAGUUAUAGGUAUUCAUUUCCUUUGACAGACAAAUUUACAUAAUUGAAAUCCAGUUUCUUCAAAUAUGUUGCCAGCAUUUCAUGUAUGCUUAGGUAAGGAUCUGGCAAUGGUAGUUGUGGGUUUUGCCAUAUAGAACGAGGGGCUUUCGUUUCUGAUCUUCUAGUCCCCUAUCCUGAAAUGAGAGCUACAUUUCUCAUUGAGAUCUAGCUAUGUAACUUGUCCUUAAGGCAAUCAUUUUCAUUUAAGUGGACAUGGAUUAUAUUUUAAGCUAAGGAUUUGUGCUUCUUUA